AUGGGUGUUGAGAACUGUACAUUCAUGCUUAGUCUCCUUCAACAGGAAUUAAACCUGAGAAACCAGGAAGAACUACGUACCGUAUUAAUCAAACUCAUCGGUAAGAAAGGUGCGCUUAUUAUGAUUAACGGGACGUGGAGUUAUCGUCAGCUUGGUUUGGAUAAAGAAUGGCUGCGUGACGCAUUGCAGAACUCCGGUGUUAAAAUUAAAGAAGCAGACCGUGACUUCUUUAACCGCUGGACAUCAGGUUCUUUACGUUCACCUCUGUCAACUGAGCUAAACAACAUUAUCCGUGACUAUGAACGUGACCCACUGUGGACUGAGUUCCAAAGACGGUUACAGUAUCGGCUGACACAUACCAAAAGAUCGACAUGA